AGGUCGAUGCUCUUCUCCACGCGACUCGGCACAAAACUCGUUUGUCUCUGGGAGGCAAAUUAAAAUCUUGUGCGUAUCCUGCUGUCCGGGUGAUUUAUCGUACGUCGGUUCAAAAUUCGUUGGAGUCUAGGAGAGCUGAAUAUUGCCGUCCAAAUGGCUCGAAUCGCCAAAGGGACCGUCUUCAUCAUCAUACUAAUUGCCGGAGUGGCCACUGCUGAGAUGAAUGGUACAAAAAGAAACAACCAAGGACGGAUUCUUGGCGGAACCACGACCACCAUAGACCAGUACCCCUUUCUAGUCUACGUUGAGUCUUUGGUGGAGGGCACUGAUUUGAAGCGACCGUGUGGCGGCGCGAUUCUCAACGACAACCACGUCCUCACCGCCGCUCAGUGCGUUAUAUUAACGCCAUCGAUCAAGGUGAUCGCGGGCGUUUCAGAUCCGACGGACCCGGCAGCGCAGAUCUCGUACGGCCACGCGCUUAUUCACCCCAGCUACCGGCGCAAUUUCCAAAUAAACGAUAUUGCAAUAGUGAGACUCGUAAGGCCAUUACGGCUUUUCACUGGAACUGUGUCGCCCGUGAGAAUAACAAAGAUAUCGUCGGUCCAUCUGGACAGAUUUACAAUGCGGACGAUCGGUUGGGGUUCGACAGACAGCAGUGCCACAAUCCAAACCACUAUCAACGAGGUGGACAUGGUGCAAAUACCAAGAAGAGUAUGCAAGGACAAGACGAUUGCUAUCCACGUCACUUAUCCCGCAAUGACCUCGUGCCUGGGAACCGAUUUAGGCAACAAUAUUGGCACAAAAGGCUUUUGUUAUGGGGACGCAGGUGGACCAGUGCUUUACAAGUUUCAAGGCGACUCUCUAUUCACUCUGGUUGGCAUUCUGAGUGAGUACCAAUUAUGUCCUUACGCGUACCCAACAAGCUACACCAGGGUCGGGCCUUACUUUGCUUGGAUCAGGAAAGUGGCUAAAAGGUUUGAUUCGUAA